GAUAACUUUUGAGAUUCUUCGGCUCCCAUUAUUGUCAGCUUCCAAACACCCAUCGCAAGUAAAGCACCCAAACGUAUUAGAACAACUCGUGCCCAUUUGCAGCGCGGUUGAUGGUUUCACUUGAAUGGUGGAACCAGUAAUGGGAUGGGAGCUCAGAAGAGUAUUCAUGCCGGCAAAGCCAAGAUCGAUUUCAAUGUUGAUUUCACCCACAAGCUAUGUGCUGCUCUAAUGCUCUCUCCUUUCAGGAAUUCUGGCAGUCCACUUUCGCUCGUAAUUGGGAGUCUCUGCAUCAAACACCCCAAUUUAUUUGGUAGGAGCGAGAAGCUCGAUGUGUUGUGGGAUAAAGGCCUCUUUGACUCCAAUGUCUUGAUAGCCUAUAGAAAGCCGGGGCCUGAAUGGCUUCCACAGAAGUCUUUUGUCAUCCAGAACUCUAUUUCACCUGAGAUUGGGGUACAUGGUCUUCCUUUUGACAACUUCUCCCGUACAGGGAGUGGAGGCAUAAAUCUUUGCCGCUUGUCUGCAGGGCUAGACCUGAAUGAGCCUGCAAGUUCUCACUGGAGCAGCAAAACCAGCAUAAAGUUUGAGCAUGUCCGUCCAAUUAAUGAUGAUGGCCGCUCAAUAAGCAGAGAUCUGGAUGGGUUUCCAGUGACCUGCAGUGGCAGUUAUCAUGACAGUAUGGUAGUAUUGAAGCAAGACUCUCAAUUUGCAAAGGCGGAUGAUCGUAGUUUCAAUCGAUUUACUCUACAAAUUGAGCAAGGGAUCCCUGUUCUAUCCAAGUGGCUGAUCUUCAACCGGUUCAAAUUUGUUGCAACAAAGGGAGUUCAACUUGGACCAGCAUUUCUCUUGACUAGCUUAACAGGCGGUUCCAUCGUAGGGGACAUAGCUCCUUAUCAAGCAUUUGCCAUUGGGGGUCUUGGUAGUGUUCGUGGAUAUGGUGAAGGUGCAAUUGGGUCUGGUAGAUCUUGUCUGGUUGCUAACAGUGAAUUGACAUUCCCUUUGAAUCAGAUGUUAGAAGGUGCUAUUUUCUUGGAUUGUGGAACGGAUUUGGGUUCCGGCCAUCAUGUUCCAGGAAAUCCUGCCCUAAGACAUGGCAAACCAGGAAAUGGAGUUGGUUUGGGAUAUGGUCUUCGGUUCAAGUCCCAGUUUGGUCACCUUCAGGUUGAUUAUGCUAUCAAUGCAUUGCAACAAAGAACUCUAUACUUCGGCUUCAGCAACCUCGCUCCCUGAUAUAACCCAACCCACGUAGUCGCAAUCGGAUGCUCUCUUAUCUUCCUUAAGGUGUGAAGGGAUUUCUUUGGAUGAGUGCAUGCAACUUCUGCUUAAUGAGCUUAUCCCAACUUGCAAAUAGAAUUUCUUCAGCUGCUCAGCUACUGGGAACGUAAAUGCAGAUUCUAUGAACUUUGUGCAAGUUGCAUAUGCAAAGAAAGGGCAAGGGAAAGCAGGUUAAGUUGUGACAUUCUUUUAACUUCUUUUUUCUUCUCUUGCUGAGUGAAUCUCAAAUCAUUUUUUGUUCAAGGUUGACGACUGAUAGAAGUUUAUUCAUUGUGGUGAUUGGAGAUGGAUGAGAGGAAAAAAAAGGGUAUACAGAUACUUCUUCUUGGAGGAUUCCAUCACCUUUACAGUGUUUUAACUUGACUAAAUUAUUAAUUCAUGUCUAACUAUGAUCAA